AUGGUAAUAACAAGAAGUCAGGUGGACGCAGCAGAGAUGGAAGAAAAACGUCGUCUCCAAGCGAUCGAGAGGGAACAACUAAGGAACGACUCCCUGGAUCGGUUGAGGAACAUUCCCCUAGAUCAGCCGGCGUCACCAUUGUCUGGGUUGGUAGAACCUAGUAUGGCUAGUGACAAAAGACGCGAGAGGUCGCCGGCAAAAUCAAAUAGGUCACAUCGAUCGACAAACAGGUCACAUCGAUCAAAUGUCAGUGUGACUACAAGAAGGCGGCUCGCAGAAUUAGAGGCAGCGGAGAAACUGGCCGAAAUUAAGAGACUCGAGCUCAAGAUGGAAGCCGAUCUCGUGAAGAUGCGGUUGGCCGCAGAAGUAGCGGCAAUCCAAGACGAAAGUCAACGAGUGGCUGAUACUGAAAGUGUCGAAGAAGAGCAGCAGGCGGAGCCCCUUCUCAAAGAAGAACCACAUCAGAGAGAUAACGAGUGGCUGAUAGAAAACCCAGUCAGCCAACGGGGGGAGGGGCUACAACGAGGGGAACCAAGACAGACGCGUGUCGAAACGGUACAAGCAAGGUCACCAACUUCAAAAAGAACGAGAAGUAGCAUCGAAAAUUUGGCAGCUACAUUGGAGAAGAUGGCACGACCAAGGACUGCGCCUCGCCGCGCCAUCUACGAAGGAGAGGACGUACUGCACAUUUACGAACGGGCCCAUAGUAUUAACCCAGGCGAGAAGGAACUGCACGAUCUCGUAGAAGCACACUUCAAGAUCGAAGCACUGGGCGUGCAAGGGAAGCCUAGAAUGAGCGAGGCACACCAACGAGCCGUCACUAUAGUCGAACGAACCAUCAAGAAGACUGACGUCGGCUACGAGGUGGGGCUACCAUGGCGUAGGGACAAGAUGACAAUGCCGGCAAGUUACAAUCAGGCCUUGCGUCGGCUCAAAAGGAAGGAAAUACAGAUGGACGCGGACCCGGUUUUCAAGAUGGAAUACACUCAGCAGAUUGAAAAUCUAUUGAAAAAGGGUUACGCGACGCCAUGUGACGGUUCGGAAGACGAUAGCCCAGUGAAGUGGUUUCUGCCUCACUUUGCCGUGACGAAUCCAAACAAACCGGGUUAUCGAUUGGUGUUCGACGCAGCGGCGAGAAACAAUGGGGUGAGCCUAAACGACGAGUUAAUAGAAGGACCUGAUAUGCUGUUGUCGUUGCCGGGCAUAUUAUUCAGAUUUCGAGAAGGGGCCGUCGCUAUCACGGCGGAUAUCCAAGAGAUGUUCCUGCGAAUCAAGGUACGACCCGAGGACCAACCAGCUCAACAGUUCCUGUGGAGAGGAGAAGACCGAGAAAAUCCUCCGAAGAAGUACAAGAUGACCAGUGUCUUCUUCGGCGCAACUAGCUCUCCGUACAUAGCUCACCAUGUCCGCAAUCACAAUGCAGACAUACACGGAAAGGAGUUCCCGCGUGCACUGGAAGCCAUAAAGAACGCUCACUACAUGGAUGACUGGGUUGCGAGUUUCAAAGAUGCGGAGGAAGCACGAAAGGCUGUCGAAGAAACGAGAGAAGUGCAUGCUCGUGCUGGCUUCAACUUGAAGGGAUGGAACUCUAGUGACCCAAACAUUUUGGAAGGAAUUCCCUCAGAGCUGCACGCAACGGCCCCUACGCAACUGGGGGGAGAACAGCCCGGAAGCAAGAUACUUGGGUUGUAUUGGAAUGCUCAACGAGACGAGUUGGGAUUCAACACCUGCAUGAGCCGAGUUCCUGAAGAUGUCAAAGCGGGGAAGCGAGCACCGACCAAGAGAGAAGCACUCAGCGCUGUCAUGUCUGUGUACAACCCGCUGGGGCUAUUGAGCCAUUACACCAUCCGCUCUAAGAUCAUCCUACAGAGCUUAUGGCGACUUCAGAUGACAUGGGACGAACCGAUCCCGGCAGAAGAAAACGAGCUCUUUACAUCCUGGCUGGCGCAACUUCCCGAGAUCGCGAUGCUACGACUGCCACGCUGCUACACGUUGAACGGGUAUGAACGGAUCGAUCUUCAUAUACUGUGUGACGCAAGUGAGCAGGCAUUUGCGACAACGGCAUACUGGCGCAUCACGAGAAACGACGGGUCCAUCGAAGUCGUCUUAAUAGCGGCAAAGGCGAAGGUAGCGCCAAAGAAAGCGCUGACGAUUCCCCGGUUGGAGCUCCAGGCAGCGGUGAUAGGUGCUCGUCUCGCCGAAACCAUCAAGAGGGAGCAUCGCAUGGAAGUAGACCAGACGACGUACUGGACGGACUCGUCGACGGUGGUCCAUUGGGUCAGGAACGACAUGCGACGAUAUACACCUUUCGUUGCACAUAGACUCGGUGAGAUUGCUGAGCUCACCCAAAAGGAAGAAUGGAGAUGGCUGCCGACCGACCACAACGUGGCUGACGAUGCCACACGGUUGACCAAUGCGCCCAUCAGCUCGACGGACCGGUGGUUCCAGGGACCAGAUUUCCUCUAUCUACCUGAAGACCAGUGGCCCGGGAAGACGGCAUAUGAAGAAACAGAAGAGGAAGUCCUACAUGUGAGUGAGAAUCCCAGAAGAUCCAGCUGCGUACCUGAUCCUGCCCGCUUCUCCAAAUACGAAAUUCUGGUGAGAACUAUAGCAAGAGUCCUAGCCUUCGUGGAUAUCUGUCGACGACGAGCGAUUAAACUGGAACAUCGACACAUCGAGCGCGCAGAAAAGGAGCUGAUACGACGUGUUCAAGAAGACAGCUUCCAAGACGAGGUAGAGCGAAUCCGGUCAGGUCGAACCAUACCAAAGGCGAGCCGGCUCUACCGACUAGAUCCCGUGAUGGAGGAUGGAAUUCUGAGAGUAAGAGGCCGUAUUGGAGCAUCCGCCGCACCAAGUGACACGAAGAGACCUGUGAUACUUGAUGGUCGUCACCCAAUCACAAGACUGCUCGUUCUACGGGAGCAUUGCUCUGCGGGACAUGCCAAUAGAGAACGAGUGACCAACGAUCUACGCCAACACUAUUGGAUCAUUCACCUUCGACCCACGGUACGAGCCAUAGAAAAGAACUGCGCCUUUUGUCGAAGAAGACGAGCAAUGCCGACAACCCCAGCAACAGGAGACCUUCCACUUGCUCGCAUGGACCCUUUUCACCGUCCCUUUACCAACUGUGGGGUGGACUACUUCGGGCCAAUGAUGAUCAAGAUAGGGCGCCGGCGAGAGAAGAGGUGGGGUGCACUUUUCACUUGCCUCACGUCACGCGCCGUACACAUCGAGAUCGUCGCGUCACUCUCAACGAACUCAACAAUCAUGGCAUUGAGAAGGAUGGCAGCACGCAGGGGUUGGCCGCGACUCAUGUACUCAGACAACGGUACCAACUUCCGCGGGGCAGACCAAGAACUCCGUCUUGCAUAUAAAGAAUGGCUCCCAAAACUACAAGAUGAAGGGUUGCUGCAUCGCAUGGAGUGGCGUUUUAUACCACCUGGCGCGCCAAACCAAGGCGGCGCGUGGGAGAGGAUGGUACGAUCAGUGAAGACGGCACUCAGGGUGACACUGCGAGAGAAGGCACCGACAGAAGAAGUACUGCGGACGCUCCUUACGGAGGCAGAAUUCUCGAUAAAUGCCCGACGACUGACCCACGUGAGCGUGAAUCCAGCAGAUCCCGAAGCACUCACACCCAACCACUUCCUGAUAGGAUCAUCGACCGGCAUGCCAGCCACGGGGCCCUGUGAUGAAGCCGAUCGACGAACAUGGCGAGCAAGUAUGGCUCUCGCAGACCACUUUUGGAAGCGCUGGGUACGGGAGUACCUACCCACUUUAGUACCUCGAGGAGACUCCAGUAACAAGGCGCGUCCCCUGCGCACCGGAGAUGUGGUCCUGAUCGUUGACAGCACACUGCCAAGAAACACAUGGCCGAUGGGGUUAGUGAAGAGUACAUAUCCCGGACCAGAUGGUGGCAUCAGGGUCGCCGAAGUACGAACGAGAACCGGCGUUUUCCGACGACCAGUGAGUAAGCUCGCCGUCGUUUUGAAGGAAGAGGACUACGCAAGCUGCGCCGGGGGGAGGACUGUUACGGACGGCGAGUGA